CUCUGGGAAGAGAGAGGAGGGGGCCCUGCCUCUAAAAUGAGUCUCUCUGGGGAGAGAGAGGAAGGGGGCCCUGCCUCUAAAAUGAGUCUCUCUGGGGAGAGAGAGGAAGGGGGCCCUGCCUCUAAAAUGAGUCUCUCUGGGGAGAGAGAGGAAGGGGCCCUGCCUCUAAAAUGCAUCUCUCUGGGGGACAUGACACCAAAGCUAAGAGACCAAUCCAGCAGGAGAGACCAGCCUCCCCUGUUCCCAGCUGUGUGUCCAUGAAGAGUGACCGGUCUAUGGAUCGUCCUAUAUCCUUUAGAGAGGGAGACUUUUCUACUGAACAAAGACCAAUCCAGCAGGAGAGACCAGCCUCCCCUGUUCCCAGCUGUGUGUCCAUGAAGAGUGAUCGGUCUAUGCGUCUACCUAUAAUGUUUAGAGAGGGAGACUUUUCUACUGAACAAAGAAACCAACAGGAGAGAUCAGAGUCAGAGAUUCUCAGUGGUCAGUCUUCCCAGAGUCAUCAAACAGACCUGGCCUCCAUAUUCAGUUUGCUUGAAGAGAAAAUGAUGACAUUUAUGAAGAACGAGCUGAGGAUGUUCAAGAGGAUUCUUAGUCCAGAACUCCCAGAAGGCUUUGAGAGUCAGAAGCAGGAUAAGGAAGUGGUGGAUGCUGAAGAUGAGCAGCAGGAGAGCAGUGCCAGAGAGGGGGCUCUGAAGAUCACACUGCACAUCCUGAGGAGAAUGAACCAGAAGGAGCUUGCUGACACACUGGAGAAAUAUGAGCUUGCUGUGAUUUGCCAACGUGAACUCAAAUCUAAUCUAAAGAAGAAGUUUCAAUGUGUAUUUGAGGGGAUCGCUAAACAAGGAAACCCAACACUUCUCAAUAAGAUCUACACAGAGCUCUACAUCACAGAGGGUGGAACAGGAGAGGUCAAUAAUGAACAUGAGCUGAGACAGAUUGAGACAACAACCAGGAAACAAGCAAGACCAGAGACUGCAAUCAAAUGUAACAACAUCUUCAAACCCUUAACUGGACAAGACAAACCUAUCAGAACUGUGCUGACAAAGGGAGUCGCUGGCAUUGGAAAAACAGUCUCUGUGCAGAAGUUCAUUCUGGACUGGGCUGAAGGAAAAGCAAAUCAGGAUGUCCAAUUUGUAUUUUCAUUCCCUUUCCGGGAGCUGAAUUUGAUGAAAGGUGAAAAUCUCACUUUCAUUGAACUUCUCAAUCACUUCUCAAUGGAAACCAAACAAUCAAGAAUCUCCAACUACGACAAGUACAAAGUUCUGUUCAUCUUUGAUGGUCUGGAUGAGUGCCGACUGCCCCUAGACUUCCAGAAGAACAAGAUCUGUUGGAACGUCACAGAGUCAACCUCAGUGGAUGUUCUGCUGACAAAUCUCAUCAAGGGAAAUCUGCUUCCCUCUGCUCUCCUAUGGAUAACUACCCGACCUGCAGCAGCCAAUAAGAUCCCUUCAGUGUGUGUUGACCAGGUGACAGAGGUACGAGGGUUCAAUGACCCACAGAAGGAGGAGUACUUCAGGAAGAGAUUCAGUGAUGAGGACCUGGCCAGCAGAAUCAUCUCACACAUUAAGACAUCAAGGAGCCUCCACAUCAUGUGCCACAUUCCAGUCUUCUGUUGGAUUUCUGCAACAGUCCUUGAACACAUGUUGAGUACAGACAAGAGAGAAGAGAUGCCCAAGACUCUGACUGAGAUGUACACACACCUUGUGGAGUUUCAUACCAAACAGAAGAAUGAAAAGUAUCUUGGGAAAGAAGAGACAGGUCCACACUGGAAUAAAGAGAGCAUUCUGUCACUGGGAAAACUGGCUUUUCAACAGCUUGUGAAGGGCAAUCUGAUUUUCUAUGAAGAAGACCUGAAAGAGGCUGGCAUUGAUGUUAAUGAAGCCUCAGUGUACUCAGGAUUGUGCACACAGCUCUUUAAAGAGGAAUGUGUGCUGUACCAGGACACGGUGUACUGCUUUGUACAUCUGAGCAUUCAGGAGUUUCUGGCUGCUGUAUAUGUGUUCCUCUCAUUCAUCAACAACAAGGAGAAUCUAAUGGACAAACUGCAAACAAAAGACGAGCCUGAAGUUGCUUUCUACAAGAGUGCUGUGGAUAAAGCCUUACAAAGUGAGACGGGAAACCUGGACCUUUUCCUCCGCUUCCUUCUGGGCCUCUCACUGGAGUCCAAUCAGAAGCACUUACGAGGUCUACUGACAAAGACAAGAAGCAGCUCACAGAGCCAUGAAGAAACAGUCAACUACAUCAAGGAGAAGAUCAGGGAGAAUCCCUCUCCAGAGAGGAGCAUCAAUCUGUUCCACUGUCUGAAUGAACUGAAUGACCAUUCUCUAGUGGAGGAGAUCCAAAGCUACCUGAGAUCAGGAAGUCUCUCAAAACCCAACCUGUCACCUGCACAGUGGUCAGCUCUGGUCUUUGUGUUGCUGACUUCAGAAAAGGAGCUGGAUGUGUUUGACCUGAAGAAAUACUCCAGAUCAGAGGAAGGUCUUCUGAGGCUGCUGCCAGUGGUCAAAGCCUCCAGAGCUGCUCUGCUGUCAGACUGUGGAGUCACAGAGGAAGGCUGUGCUUCUCUGGUCUCAGCUCUGAGGUCAAACCCCUCACACCUGAGAGAGCUGGAUCUGAGUAACAAUGACCUGAAGGAUUCAGGAGUGAAGCUGCUCUCUGCUGGACUGGGGAAUCCCCACUGUAAACUGGAGACUCUGAGGCUGUCAGGCUGUGGAGUCACAGAGGAAGGCUGUGCUUCUCUGGUCUCAGCUCUGGAGUCAAACCCCUCACACCUGAGAGAGCUGGACCUGAGCUACAAUCACCCAGGAGACUCAGGAGUCAGACUGCUCUCUGCUGGACUGGAGGAUCCACACUGUAAACUGGAGACUCUGAGGCUGUCAGGCUGUCUAGUUACAGAGGAAGACUGUGCUUCUCUGGUCUCAGCUCUGAGGUCAAACCCCUCACACCUGAGAGAGCUGGACCUGAGUAACAAUGACCUGAAGGAUUCAGGAGUGAAGCUGCUCUCUGCUGGACUGGGGAAUCCCCACUGUAAACUGGAGACUCUGAGGCUGUCAGGCUGUCUAGUCACAGAGGAAGGCUGUGCUUCUCUGGUCUCAGCUCUGAGGUCAAACCCCUCACACCUGAGAGAGCUGGACCUGAGCUACAAUCACCCAGGAGACUCAGGAGUCAGACUGCUCUCUGCUGGACUGGAGGAUCCCCACUGCAGACUGGAGAAACUCAAUGUUGAACAUGGUGGAGAGAACAGAAUGAAACCUGGACUUAGAAAAUAUGUCUGUGAUCUCACACUGGACCUAAACACAGUAGACAGACUCCUCUCUCUGUCUGAGGAGAACAGAAAGGUGACAAGGAGGACAGAGGAGCAGCCGUAUCCUGAUCACCCAGAGAGAUUUGAGGGCCGUAGACAGGUGCUGUGUAGAGAGGGUCUGACUGGGCGCUGUUACUGGGAGGUAGAGUGGAGUGGGAGAAGGGCUGCUAUAGGAGUGACAUAUAAAGGAAUCAACAGGAGAGGAAGAGGAGGGGUUAAGGAUUGUGGGAUAAUGGGGGCUGGUAUAGGAGUGACAUAUAAAGGAAUCAGCAGGAGAGGAAGAGGUUAUGACUGUUGGCUUGGAUGUAAUGACAAGUCCUGGAGUCUGUUCUGCUCUGACAACCGUUACAGAGCCUGGCACAAUAAUAAUCCCUCUAUCAUAGUCGUCCCCCCCUCGAGCUCCCACAGAGUAGGAGUGUAUCUGGACUGGCCAGCCGGCACUCUGUCCUUCUAUAGAGCCUCCUCUGACACACUGACCCACCUGAUCACAUUCACCUCCACAUUCACUGAACCCCUCUAUCCAGGGAUUUGGGUUUGGGAUGACUCCUCAGUGUCCCUGAAAUAAUAACCUGACACACACAUACACACACUGGACUCACGAACACACACACACAUACUGGACAAAAACACACACACACACACUGGACUCACGAACACACACACACAUACUGGACAAAAACACACACUGGACUCACGAACACACACACACAUACUGGACAAAAACACACACUGGACUCACGAACACACACACACAUACUGGACAAAAACACACACACACACACUGGACUCACACACACACACACACACACUGGACUCACACACGCCCACACACACUGGACUCACACACACACACACACACCCACACACACUGGACUCACACUGGACUCACACACACACACACUCACUCACACACACUGGACUCACACACACCCUGAACACACACUGGACUCACACACACACACACACUGGACCGACACACACACCCUGAACACACACACAUAAACACACACUGGAAACACACACACACUGGACGCACACUCACAUUGCACACACACAGUGGACAAACACACACACUGGGCAAAGACACACACACACACACUGGACAAACACACACACACACACACAAUUGGACACACACAGGCUGGACAAACACAGGCUGGACAAACACACACACUGAACACACACACUGGACACACACACACUGAACACACACUGGACUCACACACACACACUGGACUCACAAAGACACACACACACACACACACACACACUGGACUCACACACACACUGCACUCACACACACACACUGGACUCACACACACACACACACACACACUGGACUCACUCACACACACACACACCCUGAACACACACUGGACUCACUCACACACACACACACACACACACACUGGACCGACACACACACCCUGAACACACACACACACUGGAAACACACACACACUGGACAAACACACACACACUGGACAAACACACACACACUGAACACACACACUGAACACACACUGGACAGACACACACACACACACACACACUGGACAAACACACACACACACACACACACACACACACACACUGGACAAACACACAAACACACACACUAGACACAAACAAACACACACACGCUAGACACACACACACACACACACACUGGACAGACACACACACACACACACACUGGACAGACACACACACACACACUGGACAGACACACACUGAACACACACACACUGGGCAAAGACACACACACACACACACACACACACACACACACACACACACACACACACACACACACACACACAAUUGGACAAACACACACACUGGACAAACACACACUGAACACACACACACUGAACACACACACACUGGACAAACACACACACUGGACAAACACACACUGAACACACACACACUGAACACACACACACUGGGCAAAGACACACACACACACACACACACACACACACACACACACACACACUGGACAGACACACACACUGGACAAACACACACUGAACACACACACACUGAACACACACACACACUGGGCAAAGACACACACACACACACACACACACACACACACAAUUGGACACACACACACUGGACAAACACACACUGAACACACACACACACACACACACACACACACUGGGCAAAAAAACACACACACACACACACACUGGACACAAACACACACACUGAACACACACACACGCUAGACACACACACACACACACUGGACACAAACACACACACACACACACACACUGGACACACACACACACACACAUUGGACACACACACACACACACUGGACACAAACACACACACACUGAACACACACACACUGGGCAGAGACACACACACACACACAAUUGGACACACACACACACACACACACACACACUGGACACACACACACACACUGAACACACACACACACACACACACACUAGACACACACAGACACUGAACACACACACACACACACACACUGAACACACACACACACACACACUGGGCAGAGACACACACACACACAAUUGGACACACACACACACACUGGACACACACACACACACACACACACUGAACACACACACACACACUGAACACACACACACACACACUGAACACACACACACACUAGACACACACACACACUGAACACACACACACACACACUAGACACACACACACUGAACACACACACACACACACACACACACACACUGAACACACACACACUGAACACACACACACACACACUGAACACACACACACACACACUGAACACACACACACACUAGACACACACACACUGAACACACACACACACACACACUAGACACACACACACACACACACACACACACUGAACACACACACACACACACUAGACACACACACACACUGAACACACACACACACACACUGGACACAAACACACACACACUGAACACACACACACUGGGCAGAGACACACACACACACAAUUGGACACACACACACACACACACUGGACACACACACACACACUGAACACACACACACACACAUACUGAACACACACACACACUGAACACACACACACACACACACACACACUAGACACACACAUACACUGAACACACACACACACACACACUGAACACACACACACACACUGGGCAGAGACACACACACACACAAUUGGACACACACACACACACACACACACACACUGAACACACACACACUGAACACACACACACACACACACUGAACACACACACACACUUGACACACACACACACACUGAACACACACACACACACACACUUGACACACACACUGAACACACACACACACACACACGCUGGACAAACACACACAUGCUGGACAAACACACACACUGGUCUCACAAACACACACACACAUACUGAACACACACACACACCAAACACACACAUACUGGACAAACACACACACUGGACACACACACACACACACACACACUGAACACACACACACACUGAACACACACACACACACACACACACUGAACACACACACACACUGAACACACACACACACACACACUGGACAAACACACACAUGCUGGACAAACACACACACUGGACUCACAAACACACACACACACACUGGACAAAAACACACACACACACACACACACUGGACAAACACACACACUGGACACAAACAAACACACACAAGCUAGACACACACACACACACACACUGGACAGACACACACACACACACACUGGACAGACACGCACACACACACUGGAUAGAGACACACACACAGUGGACAGACACACACACACUGGACAAACACAUACACACUGAACACACACACACUGAACACACACACACUGGGCAAAGACACACACACGCACAAUUGGACACACACACACACUGGACAAACACACAAACACAGACCCACACACACUGAACACACACACACGCUAGACACACACACACACACACACUGGACACAAACACACACACACUGGACACAAACACACACACACACACUGGACACAAACACACACACUGAACAUACACACACACACACACACUAGACACACACACACACUGAACACACACACACACUAGACACACACAGACACUGGACACACACACACACACACACACACUAGACACACACACACACACACACUAGACACACACACACACACACACACACUAGACACACUGAACACACACACACUAGACACACUGAACACACACACACUAGACACACACACACUAGACACACUGAACACACACACACACACUAGACACACACACACUAGACACACACACACACACACACACACUGGACAAGCACACAAACACAGACACACACACACUGAACACACACACACACUAGACACACACACACACACUUUACACAAACACACACACACUGAACACACACACACACACUGGACACACACACCCACACACACUGAACACACACACACACACUGAACACACACACACACACACACACACUAGACACACACACACACUGAACACACACACACACUAGACACACACAGACACUGGACACACACACACACACACACACACUAGACACACACACACACACACACUAGACACACACACACACACACACACUAGACACACACACACACACACACACACUAGACACACUGAACACACACACACUAGACACACUGAACACACACACACACACUAGACACACACACACUAGACACACUGAACACACACACACACACUAGACACACACACACUAGACACACACACACACACACACACACACUAGACACACACACACACACACACACACACACUGAACACACACACACACACACACACACACACACUGGACAAACACACACAUGCUGGACAAACACACACACUGGACUCACAAACACACACACACAUACUGGACAAAAACACACACACACACACACUGGACAAACACACACACUCUUCUUCCUAAAAUUGUGACCUUGACCCAGGACCUCUUACAAUAACAUGUAUUUUAUGUUGAAUAACAAAUUGUACAAUUAUAUACAAUUAUAUAUGGACAUACGCUCCAUAGUUGUACAAGUAUACAAGGAUAUAUUGUACUUUUCAUAAUAAAACACACUUGAAACAAGAAAA